AUGGUUUCCUCCUAUUCCCUGGGCUUAGAGCCACUGUAUGUCUCCAAGGCUCUACAGAGAGCCAAGAUGGAGGUCAGUGAAGAGGGAGCCAAAGCAUCAGUUGCCACAGUAGCUGCUAAACAGGACGAGUCGGACCCCGAGAGGAAGGAGACACGUCAGAAGGUGGACAAUGACCGGAAGCACGAGAUAGAGGCGCCCAUCCUCCGCAUCAGGAAGUCCAGGAAGAUGAUGCAGCACAACGUUCUCGUAGCAGAGGUGACUCAGCAGCUGAGGGCCAGGUUCCUCCCCUGUCCCGUGGUCAUUAAAAAGCGCACUGAAGGACUCAUAGAGAGAGAAUACUUGGCACGAACGCCCGAGGACCGCAAAGUAUACACCUACGUAGCGUAAAGGAACACCUCGAACGGAGCGAGUGAAGGACCGGCAGAGAGAGAGAGAGAGAAGGGGAAAAAGAACGGAAAAAAUAAUCCCUUUGGACUGCUUUGCGCAUGGACUGGGUAGUCCCUUUUACCUAUAAACACCGGGAAACUGACUCUUCCUUCCAUUAAGAACAAACAAAAAAACGCAAAAGAAAAUGAAAAAUAAAUGUAAAAUUUAAAAA